CGGACAGACGCAGACCCCGGACAACGACAAACGGACAGGAAGAACGACCCAUCUUGAACAGAAGCCCAACAACCGCUGGGGAGGAGAGGAGGACGCCAAGAGGAGCCGAGGGAACUGCGGGAGCCAGAGCGCCCAGCUCCCCCUCCCCUCAGCGGGCCACAAACGCCGCCAUAGUGACAGCGAGCCCCUGGCCCUUUGCGACGGCGCCGCUGGAAGCUUCGGGUCCCGCCCACCACGGUCUCGCGUUCAUUGGCUAAACUCCCCAUCGGCUCCGCCCAGCGACAGGCUGCUGGUACUGACGCGUGCGCACGAGCUCGCCGCUGCCGCUGCUUCAGCACCAGAGCUCGGACAGCGGCGCCGCCCACGGGCAUGGACGGUGGUAGAGUAGCCGCAGCUGCUGCAGCAAUCCGUCUUCUAGCUCGCGUUCGAAAGGGGAGCUGCGGCCCAAGGUUGAUCUUUUAGGCCUAAACAGCAGCUCCCCAGACAGGUAGGAAGGACCUCACCGCAGAGCCGGUUCGAAGAUCUUCUCAGCACCCCUGCUCCAGGCCCCAGACCAAGGCCAUGGCCCCUGAGGCAAGCCCAGAAAGAAGCUGCUCCCUCCACAGCUGCCCCCUGGAGGACCCUUCUGGCUCUUCAGGACCUGCACCUACAUCCACCCUCCAAGCUCUAGACCCAUCUGGCCCGUUAGCCCCGGGCCAUUUCGCCUAUCCUCGAGCACCUCAAGAAUACCAAGAAGGCAGCUCAUUACUAGGGACUGGAGACCAGGCAGCUCUGUGCUCCCACAGCUCCAAUCGAAGUCCUUCUCCAGCCUCUUCCCAGCGUGACGGGGUCUGGAAGCCACCGUCUGUACAGCGUCAUGUGGUCAGUGUCAGGCAGGAACGAGCCUUCCGGAUGCCAAAGAGCUUCUCCCAGCUGAUUGCUGAGUGGCCAGUGGUCGUGCUGCUUGUGUGCCUGGCUGUCUUCCUCCUCUGUGCCCUGGCUGGACUGCUGGGGAGCCAGCUGCCUGACUUCUCCAAUCCUUUACUGGGCUUUGAGCCUCGGGACACAGACAUCGGGCGGAAGCUAGAGGUCUGGAAAGCACUUCAGGCCUUCACAGGCCCCAAGAAACUGCUUUCCCUUUCCCCAGACCUCGAGCCAAACAGCUCGAACUCCUUCGGCACUCUGAGCCCUGCAGCCUGGGGCAGGGCCCAGGAGAGCCUGGUCCGGGCACGCAGGAUGGUGGAGCCUAUGGAGGACAAAGGGCAGGACAGCUUCUUCUGUGGCGCUCCUGAGAAGAGCUACGCAAAGCUGGUGUUCGUGUCCACCUCGGGGGGCAGCCUGUGGAACCUGAAUGCCAUCCAUUCCAUGUGCCGGAUAGAACAGGAGCAGAUCCGUGCCCAUCCCCGCUUUGGGACUCUGUGCCAGCGUACAGCAACCAACGAGUGCUGCCCCAGCUGGUCCCUGGGCAACUACCUGGCUGUGCUCUCCAACCGCUCCUCCUGCCUGGACACCACCCCUGGCGAUGCAGCCCGAGUGCUGGCCCUGCUGCGGGCCUGUGCCCCCUACUACCAUCGCGGCGUCCUGGUGCCCUCUUGUCUGGGAUCUGGGCAGGACAAGUCCCCACACUGCGCCCAGGUUCCCACCAAGUGCUCCCGGAGCAGUGCCAUCUACCAACUCCUGCAUUUUAUGCUAGACAGGGACUUUCUGAGCCCCCAGACUGCUGACUACCAGGUGCCCUCCCUCAAGUUCAGCCUGCUCUUCCUGCCCACCCUGAAGGGGGCCUCCAUGAUGGAUAUCUACCUGGAUGGCCUGGCUGAGCCCCGGCUGGUCUCUGACAACUACACGUCCAUCAGUGGCAUGGACCUGGGCAUCAAGCAGGAGCUGCUGAAGCACUACCUGGCCCUGGACACAAUGUACCCGCUGCUGGCACUGACUGCCAUCUUCUUCAGCAUCACUCUCUAUCUGCGCUCGCUCUUCGUCACUGUUAUGGUGUUGGUGGGCGUGCUGGGCUCCCUCCUGGUGGCCUUCUUUCUCUACCACGUGGCCUUCCGCAUGGCCUACUUCCCCUUCGUCAACCUGGCAGCAGUGGUCCUGCUCAGUAGCGUCUGCGUCAACCACACCCUCAUCUUCUUCGACCUGUGGCGCCUCAGCAAGAGCCAGGUGCCCUCCGGGGGGCUGGCACAGCGUGUGGCCCGCACCAUGCACCACUUUGGCUACCUGGUGCUGGUAUCCGGCCUCACCACUGGGGCCGCCUUCUACGGCAGCUACCUGAGCCGCCUGCCCACAGUGCGCUGCUUCGCGCUCUUCAUGGGCACGGCUGUUCUGGUGCACAUGGUGAUCACGCUGGCCUGGCUGCCCGCCUCGGUCGUGCUGCAGGAGCGCUACCUGGCCGCGCUGGCGGCAGGGGGCGCUUACAUCGGCGGAGUCAGCCCACGCCUGCAGCUGCCCAUCCUGCUCCCUGCCGGCGGCCAGGUCUUCCGGCCUAGCCACCCGUUCGAGCGCUUCGAUGCCGAGUACCGCCAGCAGUUCCUGUUCGAGCAGCUGCCUGCGGAUGAGGGCGGCCACUUGCCAGUGGUCCUGGUGUGGGGGGUGCUGCCGGUGGACACGAGUGACCCUCUGGACCCGCGCAGCAACAGCUCCCUGGUGAGCGACCCCGACUUCAUGCCCAGCAGCCCCGACGCCCAGCAGUGGCUGCUGUCCCUGUGCCAUGGAGCCCGCAAUCAGAGUUUCUUCGGCUCGCAGCCACAGGGCUGGCCCACGCUGUGCUUUGUGGAGGCCCUGCAGCAGUGGAUGGAGAGGCCGGCCUGCGCUCGCGUGGGGCCCGACCUCUGCUGUGGUCAGCCCGACUUCCCGUGGGCGCCAGAGCUUUUCCUGCACUGCCUCAAGAUGAUGGCCCUGGAGCAAAGCCCUGACGGCACCCGUGACCUGGGACUCCGCUUUAAUGCCCACGGCAACCUGGCUGCGCUGGUCCUGCAGUUCCAGACCAACUUCCCCUACAGCCCUGACUAUGGCCAGGUCCACCACUUCUACACCGAGGUCAGCCGAUGGCUGGCAGCCGAGCUGGGUAGGGCACCUUCAGGCCUUCGCCGCGGGUGGUUCACCAGCCGUCUAGAGCUGUACAGCCUGCAGCACAGCCUGAGCACCGAGCCCGCGGUCGUGCUGGGCCUGGCUCUGGCUCUGGCCUUUGCCACACUGCUGCUGGGCACCUGGAACGUCCCCCUCAGCCUGUUCUCUGUGGCAGCUGUGGCCGGCACGGUGCUGCUCACCGCGGGACUCCUCGUUCUGCUUGAGUGGCAGCUUAACACUGCUGAGGCCCUCUUUCUCUCUGCCUCCGUGGGCCUCUCUGUGGAUUUCACCGUCAACUACUGCAUCUCCUACCACCUGUGCCCACACCCAGAUCGCCUGAGCCGCGUGGCCUUCUCGCUGCGCCAGACCAGCCGCGCCACGGCAGUGGGGACAGCGGCCCUGUUUGCGUCCGGUGUACUCAUGCUUCCUGCAACGGUCCUGCUCUAUCGAAAGCUGGGCAUCAUACUCAUGAUGGUCAAGUUUGUCAGCUGUGGCUUUGCCAGCUUCUUCUUCCAGUCUCUGUGCUGUUUCUUUGGACCAGAGAAGAACUGUGGACAGAUCCUCUGGCCCUGUGCCCACCUGCCAUGGGAUGCCGGAACUGAGGACCCUGAGGAGGAGAAGGCACGAUCAGGGCCGGUGGCUCCUGGGUCCUGCUCAGAGCAUUAUGAGCUUCAGCCCCUGGCACGGCACCGGAGCCCCAGCUUUGAUACCAGCACAGCCACCAGCAAGCUGUCCCAUCGGCCCUCAGUCCUCUCGGAGGAUCUGCAGCUACACGAUGGUAACUGCUGUGCUCGGCCCCCACUUGCCCCUGCAUCCCCAAGGGAUCUGCUCCUGGAUCACCAGGCAGUCUUCAGCCAGUGCCCAGCCCUGCAGACCUCCUCCCCCUAUAAGCAGGCCGGCCCCAGCCCCAAAACCUGGGUCAGGCGGAACUCCCAAGAACAGGAGGCCGAGCCCCUGCAGGCCUCGCCGGAAGCUCUGGCUCACUCCCCCAAGCCCAAGGCCGAAGAGCUUCCCGACGGCCUCUGCCCCUCAGCCAGCACUCUGGAGGGACUCAGCCUCUCCGAUGACACCUGCCUAAGCACCUCUGAGCCUAGCACACGUGUACAGGAUUCCAUGGGAGCCUCCCCAGAAGACCUGGAUGACAUUGGGAAGCCAGUGCCCGAGCUGGGCCAGCUGAAUGGGAAGCGUGACACCCUGUGGCUGGCACUGAAGGAAACCGUGUAUGACCCAACACUGCCCAACUCCCACCAGAGCACCUCCUCCUGGAAGGGCCGUGGGGGCCCAGGAGAUGGUAGCCCUGUGGUACUGCCCAACAGCCAGCCAGAUCUGCCCGAUGUUUGGCUCCGUAGGCCCAGCACCCACACCUCAGGCUACAGUAGCUGAGGGAAGCCAGACCUGGGUGCAGAGCCCUGUCAGCGACACUGAGGCAGGGGCAGCACCGGUUGAGCCUGAAGGUAUUUUCCUAAAUCAACAUGGAGAAGUCUCACCUUCCAACUGUGAAUUUAAAACCCUGCCAAAAGUUCCAGCCUUGAUCUGUCUGCUACUUACCCCCUACACCUAGAGGAUUCAGUGGGGAGGGCCUUUGGAAGAAAAACGCCAGAGCUCAUCUGCCCCCAUGGUGCCAACAAGGACCCCUCCUCUGGAGAGAGGGGGAGGCCAGAUGUGCAGCUCCAGGCAUCAGGGAGGCUGACCUGACGCCCACACACCUGGCGAGUUCAGUGACUGUAAGAUACCCUGGGCGCGAAUCCUGCUGGGGUCCCUCACUGACCGGAAGAGCCCUUGGAACCUCCACAACCUCUUAGGUCUUGCCAUCUCAAUGAGUUCAUCAGGAUGCUGCUUCUCACUCUUCAGUGAGGAUCUCUGGGCCAAAUUUGGGCUAGAGCCUCUGUCCUGAACGGCCCUGUUCCGCUCACACUCCCUGAUCUGACCAGAAGUUCUUCAAGGCAGAGAUGGCUGCUGGGAGUGAGGCAGAAGAAAACAGACGGUCAGCCUUAAAGCAUCCCAAAAGUGCAAGAUCUCUCUUUGGAAGCAGGCUCCAGUGCUCUCCCCUGUUAAUAAACAGUACUCAUCCUUUCCAUCCAUGCACCUGUUGGUCUUCUCAGACUCACUACUUCAUGCAGGGUGGCCUGCAGUUGGUCAGGUUCUUUUACUCCCAAUUUGCAGGUAAAGACAUUGAGACUAAGGCUGAUUGAUUUAUCCAAAGUCAUGUUGCCAUCAAAGGCAGAGCAGUUUCCUGUUCAUUCUACCACCAACAUUCCAAGUUCUCCUGGCUACCUGCUUCGGGAACACUGAUCCCUGGCUGUCUUGAUCCCUCGCUUCUCAAACCGCCCUCCAGCCUGCCUAUUCAGAUGUCUCUUUGUGAAUCCUGCCUCCCCUUUGAGCCUUUGUCUCCAGAGAGAGCUGUAUUCUGUGCCAACCCCAGAGUUCCUUCCUCUCUCCCCUGUGUUUUCCUCUGGAAUCCUUGGAGAUGCCUACCCACCAUGGGGCAGUGGGCUGAUCUGACUCUCCAGCUCCAGAGGCUGUGCCUCUUCCAUGGCAGUGAGGUGUGGAGAGGUCCUGAGGGUGAAGAGGCUGAGCAGAAUACAAUUAAGGCAGCAGCUCAGACCUGCCCUUUUGGGGAGUGAAUCUGAAGCUGCUCCCCAGAUCAGGUCCCAGUUUCUUAAGGAUGGUUCUCUCUCGGGGGACACUCAGCAGACCGAAACCUGGCUUUCCUUCCCCAACACAGUCUGUCUUGAGGUUUUACCUGUGCAGCAGCUGAUGACACUAGAGAGCAUCAAAUAGUAGCAUAUGGUAUUACAAGGAAACUGAGUGUGGAAGGAGAAUCAAACAACCAGCCUCAUGAGUCCACCUUCUGGCUGUGGAAACAGGUUACAUGCGCAGGCAGGCAUUGGAUGGGUUACUGCACUAUUUCUGGAGCCCAGUACCCAGGAAGAGGAGACAAAAGGCUUCCUGAAGCUGGCAAGACUUGAGCUAGGCUAAGGAAGGCCAAGCAUGUCAAACUAGAAGGGACUGUCCUGGUCAUCAUCAGCUCCAGAGCUUUGUACAGCCUAAGGACCCUUCUUUCACAGACCCUCCUAUUAAAACAUGUAGCAGCUACUCUGAUGGGUGCAGGGUGGGAGACAGAGCCAGCCAGCCUUGCUUUCCACUAUAGCUCUUCAGGGGCUCCGCAGAACUCCUCAGGCUGUGGUAGCCCACAGGUGGCAUGAAAAAUCACUGAUCCAGGCCAUUUUACAGAUUAUCUGAGAAGGGAAUGGAUUUUUUUCCAGGGCCAGACAGUCUGUGGCAAAGCUGGAGGUAAAUCAGAGGCUGUAUUUGUUCUAUUCUGUCAUGUUGCUGUGUUCUUGAGACCUACCUCCCACCCCAGCUAGUCUAUGAAAAGUGGAGCAGGACCCAAUUGAGACAUAAGAAUUACAGAAGAGAGAGCAGUCAGUGCAGCUGUCCCUCAGUAUCCAAGGAGAAUUGGUCCCACCAAAAUCCAAGGAUGCAUAAGUCCUUUGUGUACAAUGGUGUAUUUGCAUAUAUCCUACGCAUAUCUUCUCAUAUUUAAACUGUCUCUAGAUUACUUAUAACAUGUAAUAUGAUAUAUAUGCUGUGUAAAUUGUUGUUAUACUGUACUGUGUUGUUUAGGGAAUUAUGACAAGAAAAAGUCUGUGUGUUCAGUUCUGAU